AUGCUCUAUCGCCAACUCAGCAAGCUCGCCGUCGUCGGCGAGAGGCCCGAGUCCCCCAAGGCCAACCAAUCUCGACUUCGUCAUCCAACCCCAUACUCGAUUGAGCACUAUCGGCACGAAGGAGUACGCGCCUCUAAAGAUGACAGUCCGCCAGCCGACUCGCCGAGAGGUAGAUCACAAUCAUCGACAUGGACGCUUACUCGCACUCGGGCCCCCACCCCUCAUCCCAGUGCCACCAAAUCACGCCGCAGAAAGGAGGAGAAAGCAGUCCAGUGGACUGAUCCAUUAGAGCAGGAGUCGCCCGAGCAGAAAAGCAUUCCAGUGCCCGCACCAUCGAAGAAGAAGUCAGCUAUGAAGAGGAGUCAAGCAAUCCAGCAGGAGGAUGAGAAGUCAACACAGAAAGAGGAGGAUUCACUUGAAGAUUUCUCAGAAGCGCCAGCCAAGCAGAAGAGCGAUGACACAUCAGCAUCGCAGAAAGUCAAACCCUGCACUUUGCGCCGAGACAGGCGCUCGUCCAUCCCCAGACCAAAGCGCACCAUCAUGACGUCGGAAAAGCCGAGGCAGAUAGUCAUUCCAGAACGACCACUAAGCCCCCUCAUACCUCCAGCCGUUCCCGCGCCGUUGCAGCUCUCUCACCGCCAAACCCGGAUCAACGCUAUCCCAUCAUCAACUCCUGUCCCAGCAAUUACGAGCAAAACAGCAGCACGAGACUUCUCGUUCGAUCACAGGCCAGAGGUGAUUACCGUUAGCUCCCGCUCUGUCCAGCAGAAUCGCCCAUCCGCCAUCACCAGAAACAACUUGUCGCAGUAUGAGUCAACCUCAUACCUGCAAACGAAGCCCAAGCGUGCCGGUACCACCAGGACCCGUCCGACAUCCCCUAAUGCCGAGCGUGGACCAGCUGCAUGUGUAGAUGCUCUUCCCGGUUACAGUAGUCCAUCCAAACCGAAGGCACUACCCUCGUCAGCCUCUGUCUCGUCCUUCCAUUCGGCGAAGUCUUUCUGGAGCGGCCUCAGCACUUCCAGCAGCUGUGGCGCUAUCGUGUCCGGACCUGGUCCCGACCUCAGUUCUAAGCCUGCUUUGUCCAUGCUCAACAGUAGUAGUAGCAAGGACAAGGAUUUGUCCAAGACGUCGAUGGUGUCGAGACUCUCGUCGGUGUUGCCUUAUCAUCUAGAGGUAGCAAAGCGUGAAAGGACCGCAUCUGGCGGAUGUAGCAAGAGCACGACCUCUUCCCUCCAGCUACAUAUUCAAGAGCAUUCCCGGGAUGGCUCCUCCAGUAUCAGUAGCGCUUCCAAGAGUACUGCCAGCUCCUCAACGAGUUACCACACUGCGAAAAGCCACCUCAGCGGUUCCAACAACACCAGCACGAGUAACAUCGUUACCAGCAACCCAAGCUCAAUGACCGCCAGCUGUACCUCUAUGACAGCUGAAUACAUCCCGACCGUCCAAUCCGAGCUCUGGAAUGAACUCAUGAACUUCUGUUGCUCGGACUCCUCCUCAGUGCCUCCAGAAGAGCGGUACUGCGACUGCGACGAUUGCCACUGGAGCAAUGAAAAGGAUGUAGCGGGCUGCAGCACUGUGGCGACAGUUGGGGAGAGCCGGAAGUGUAGGGCGAGGAGGGCGUAG